AUGCGCAAACCCCCGACGGUGCUGAGAGCCUGGGCGGGGAGAGCGAGCAGCUGGGCUGGGCCGGCGCCGCCGCUCCUCCUCCUCCUCCUCCCUGCAGUGUGUGCCGGCCGGGCCAUGGAGGACGAGGCGUGCUGGGCGCUGCUGGCCGCCGCCGGCCUGCUGCUCGUGUACGUGGCGGCCGGGCGGCGGGUGACGGGCGCGCCGGGGACCCCCUUCCGGCGCCCCCGGCCCGGCCGCGGACCCCGGCCCGCGCCGCCCCCCGCCGACGCGGUGAGUGCCCGCAGCCGCGCCUUCCCGCGCGCGACAGCCCCGCGAGGCAGGCCGGGGGGAGAGCGGGGGAGCCGGCGAGCUUUGCCGGCGGAGGUCGGGGCGGACGGGGUGCGCGCGUCGCCGCCCUGGGCAUAUGUGCCCGCGGCUCCCUCUGAUCCUACCGGUGUUUCUUCAUUGCUCUUUCGGUCAUUAGUGAUGGGCUGUGGAGUUCAGUCCUUAGUGCGCCACUGUUCUGCGUCGUCCGUCUUAAGAGACGUUUCCCACCUUGCUUUGGAGUUGCUCUUCAGGCUGGCUGGCUUCGGCCUGCUCCAGCUACAGGGCUCUCUGUGGGCACCUGCCUCCCUCUCUUCUGGGAAACAGUGGAGUCCCCGGCUCUCUGGUUUCCCACUCCGCCUUUGUGUGUACUUGGCCAACACGGCUUUUGGGCAGCUUGUUUUGGUGCCCCUCCUGCUGAGAAUCAACAACUUUACCAUCCUGCGUUACCUGGAUAUCUCCGAAGACCCCACGUUCGCCCCAGUGGUCGCUGCGGAAGGAAAAACGGACCCUUCGGAGCGGGAAAACCUUUCUGAAAUUCUCCAGAGGCUGCUGGAGACAAGCUCCCAUCCUGCCAGCACAACCUUCAAUUUCAGAGGGAUCCAGGAUUAUUUGAAUUCCUAUCGAUCCGGGGAGGUAACGCCCCUUCAGGUUGCCAAGAACAUUGUUGCUGUCCUGGAGGAUGCUGAGAAAUCGAGUCCCCAGCUCCGAGCGAUCGUUCAGUGGGAUCAGGAGGAGAUGUUCAAGAUGGCGGAAGCCUCUACCGCUCGCCACAGAAGUAAGCAGCCCCUUUCUCUUCUGGAUGGAAUCCCUGUGUGUCUGAAGGAGGAGAUUAAAGUGGUGCCAUAUCACCAUCGAAGUGGGACGGAAUACCUGGGCACAAAGCCAGAGGUUGAGGACGCCACCGUCACUAGGAAACUGCGGGAAGCCGGCGCCGUUAUUAUUGGCGUGUCCAACAUGCAUGAAUUGGGGACUGGGACCACAGGCUGCAACCCCAACAGAUUUCACGGUACACCUAGGAAUCCCUACAAGCCCCAGCAUUUCACGGGUGGGAGCUCUAGCGGCUCUGCGGCGGCCGUGGCGGCAGGCCUUUGCCCCUUGGCUAUUGGCACGGAUGGUGGCGGCUCUGUGAGGAUCCCGGCUUCUUUCUGUGGGAUUGUGGGACUGAAAGGUACAUUUGGACGUAUCAGCGGCCACGGCUGUCACCCACUCUCGUAUUCCACCGUUGGUCUGGGCCCUCUCUGUGCGUCAGUGACGGAUGCAGCGGUCGCGUAUUCUGUCCUGGCUGGUCCCGAUCCCCUGUACGCAUACGGAUUAGGCCAGCCCAAACCAUCCCUCUCCGGCAUCCUCCCCCCUGACCUAAAAGGCUUGAAAUGUGGGAUCGACUGGACUUUUUUUAAGGCUUGUGAUGCGGAGGUCCUGAGUGUCUGCCAGAAAGCGGUGGACUUCCUGGUGAGCUCGGGGGCCUCGAUGGUCGACGUGUCCCUGCCGGAGGUGGAGGAGAUCCGAGUGGCACAUGUCAUCUGCAUCCUGAGCGAGAUGAGGGACUUCCUGCAGCCCGACUUCAACAACCACUACCGGCAAAUGAAUCUGGAGACUCGCUUGAAUCUUGCACUUGCGUCUCAGUUCACAGCUCUGGAUUAUAUUAAGGCCAAUCGGCAGCGAAGUCGCACCAUGGCCUUCUUGCGAGAAACCUUUGCGGACGUCAAUUGUCUCCUUACCCCAGGUACGGCAUGUCCGGCCCCCAAAAUUCAGGCCUCCGAUCUCCUGACUGGGUGUAGCGAUGCCCGGACCACCCUACGCACCAUGAGAUUCAUGCAGCUGGCCAACCUGACGGGCAUUCCAGCGCUGGUGGUACCUGUUGGAUACACGACUUCAGGGCUUCCCAUCAGCCUUCAGAUCAUGGCCAAGUGGUGGGACGAAGCCCUGCUGUUGCGGGUCGGCCUCAAGCUGGAGCGAUUUCGCGGCGAGACAGCAAAACCAGCCAUUUAUUAUGACAUUCUCGGGUGACGGGACCGGCUGCGGGGUUUCA